AGUGCGCAGCCCUGCUGAAUCCACAUCCGGGUCCUGCGCUGCUGCUGGUGUGCAGAGAUUCGGUCCCGAACACAGCGGACCAAAACAGCGGUCAAACCCGACACUUUCCACUUUCCAGGUUCAGGACGCAGAAUAAAUGGGAAUUAUGCAUCCCUGGUUUAAACAGAUAAGGGUGAUCCGCUCUUUCACAGACUGAAUGCAGAGCAAAACAAUCCGCCAGCCUGUCUCUCUCUCACCACCGCCGCGCUCAGUUUAUAUCUCUCUCUUUCUUUUCGUCCUUCUCUUUUAUCUGGGUUUUACCUUCUCCACAACAGAACUCUCCAGGACUUAUUUUUAGUGGAUUCCUAAGCAGCAGAGAUGGGUGCAUUUCUGGACAAGCCAAAGAUGGAGAAGCACAACGCUCACGGGGAGGGCAAUGGUCUGCGCUACGGCCUGAGCAGCAUGCAGGGCUGGCGUGUAGAGAUGGAGGAUGCGCAUACUGCUGUCAUCGGUCUGCCCAACGGCUUGGACCCCUGGUCGUUCUUCGCUGUGUACGACGGUCAUGCGGGAUCACAGGUGGCACGCUACUGCUGCGAGCACCUCCUAGAGCACAUCACCAGCAACCCUGACUUUCAGGGUGGAGGCGGAGGAGGGGGUCCAGCUGUGGAGCCCAGCGUGGACAGCGUGAAAUCUGGAAUCCGUACUGGUUUCCUGCAGAUCGACGAUCACAUGCGGCAGAUCUCGGAGAAGAAGCACGGCGGCGCCGACCGCAGCGGCUCGACGGCCGUCGGUGUGAUGGUCUCACCCCGCCAUAUCUACUUUAUCAACUGCGGAGACUCACGGGGGUUGCUGAGUCGUGGAGGGGCUGUGCAUUUCUUCACACAGGACCACAAACCCAGCAACCCCUUGGAGAAGGAGAGGAUCCAGAACGCUGGAGGAUCUGUGAUGAUUCAGCGCGUCAAUGGGUCGCUGGCGGUGUCCAGGGCUCUGGGGGACUUUGACUAUAAGUGUGUGCAUGGUAAGGGUCCCACGGAGCAGCUGGUGUCGCCGGAGCCCGAGGUGUAUGCUAUCGAGCGGUCGGAGGUGGAGGACGAGUUUAUUGUUCUUGCUUGUGACGGGAUCUGGGAUGUGAUGGCCAAUGAGGAGCUGUGCGAUUUCGUUCGUUCACGACUGGAGGUGACUGACGAUCUGGAGAGGGUCUGCAAUGAAAUUGUAGAUACCUGUUUGUAUAAGGGAAGUCGUGACAACAUGAGUGUUGUGUUGGUGUGUUUCGUCAGUGCACCGAAGGUUUCUCCUGAAGCUGUCAAAAGGGAAGCGGAGCUUGAUAAAUACCUAGAGGGCCGAGUAGAAGAGAUCCUGAAGAGGCAGGGGGACGAAGGCCAGAUGCCCGACCUGGUACAUGUGAUGCGCACGUUAGCAUCUGAGAGCAUCCCCAACCUACCACCUGGAGGAGAGCUGGCCAGCAAGCGGAGUGUAAUUGAAGCAGUAUACAACAAACUUAACCCAUACAGGAACGAGGAUACAGACUCUGCAUCCACGGAUGACAUGUGGUAGCCCUGCCCCUUUAAACACUGCACAGUUUACAACCCUCCAGAACCCUGCACAACAACAACAACAACAACCUUUCCUACAGGACCCAGCACCAGAACCCUGCACAAGAACCCUCAACUACUACAGGACCUGCACAAGAACCCUACCACAGCCCAGCUCAGCUGCUCUGGACUGUUCCUAGGAAAGAAGAGGCGGAAGAAGCGGAAGGGAAUGAGGGCUCCCUCCUCUUGUUCACAUAACGUUCCCUCUCAGUGCUAGGCAAUGGUACCUUCUGGAAAUUUUCUGCAUACUCUUCUGUACCGAAUCUCUCUCUCUCUCUUUCUCUCUCUCUCUCUUAUCCCAAAUCCCUUUUUAUCCUUAACAUCACCCUCUUAAAAAAAAAAAUCACUUUUUUUCCAUUUAAAUAAUUUUUUUUGGUGUAAUUAAUUUGAUUCACAUUUCCUUGUGUGUUUGUAUAUUUCAGCUUUUAUUUCUGUGAAGUGCAAUUGUCUUGUACAAAGAAAAAGCCUGUAUCAAAUGCAGCUUGAGUUUUAAGUUUAUAAAAAGAAAAAAGAAAAAAAGGCACACCUUUAUGCCCUGCCUGCUUUUGUUUCCUCUCCGACCGCUGAAGCCCAACACAUCUGCCUCUCAUCUGCUUUCCUUUCACUUCUUUCUUUCUUUCCCUCCUUUUUUUUUAAUUUUUAAAAAAAAAACAAAAUAUAACUUUUUGUAUUGUUACUUUUUAAGUGAAACGGGUAAAUGAUAUGGGCUCACAGCACAGUACAGUAAGCUUUUUUGUAAAUCUCACAGCACAGAUGACAGUAAUCGUUAUGCGUUAUGUUCUCUCAGUACUACUGUUUUUUUUUGUUUGUUUUUUUUCUGGUGGGGUGGGUCUUUUAUUUUUGCCCCUUCAUUUUUUUUUAUAUUUGUUAUUUUUUUUUGAGGAAACCGCUUUAAAUUUACUUAAGCUAAGCUGAAAUUGUAUGCGUGUUUGAGAGAGAAUGAGUGUGAGUCUUAUGAGAAAUCGAUGGUUUUGUUGCAAGAGGAUGCAUGUUUGAUGCACCAAACUAUUUCCAUAGUGCAAGUUUUGUGUAUGUGUGUGAGUCUGUUACCUGAUGCGCUAACCCUGAUUUUCUCUUUUGUCAUCAACACUAGGACUCUACAGUGUUCUGCACUACCGCAGCUCUUGAUUUUUUUUAUUUUUAUUUUUUUGGUUUAAGUUGGUCUGGGAGCAUCUUAAAGGAUCUCCUGCACUUGCUGGAAAAAUGUAAUUGUUAAGAAGCACUCAGAACUGGGACAGGCUCUAUUAAGUGCGUUUAUGUGUGCGUUUGGCUGUCAGUGCAUAUGGAACUGAAUGGAUGUGUGAGAUUGCAUGUUUAUUGUGCUUAAAAUUAUGUGGGUUUUAAUGGGGAUAUUUAGGCUUCUGACAUAAAUAUAUAAGGCUUUAGCUAUAGCGCUCAAUCACCCAUCUGCACUGCUGAGAGUGAUGAGUGAAUGCUUUCUGAGAUUAACACUCAACUCAGAUUUCUCUUCUACUUAAUUCAUUCGCUUCAUCUCGUGUUGAUUUGUUAUCGGUUUAUUUUAUUUUUUUUUGGAUGUGGUGAUUUUUGUCUUUCUCUCUUCAAAGAACAAAUACAGUGUGAUGCAGUGAGCUGGCCUGGUUUAGGCCAGAGCCUGCAUGUGUUCCUCUGACCAAUAGGGAGCGCAACAGAGUACUGUUUGCUGCUAAAGUGUGUGAUUGAAUCAUUCGUUCAUUCAUUUGAAUGCUCCUAGUUUGUACUCUCCUGCACCUCUUCACCUUUCUCCCCCAAUGCUGUAUGUAACAUAGUUCUGAAUUAAUUUAAUUGUAUUUUCUCAGAGAGAUUGUCACUUGUCCUGAUUGUCUGAAACUUGACAUGGUAAAAUCACCCCCUUUGUUCUUACCUUCCCAAACUAAAUUUUAUAUACGGAAUAGAUUAUGUGAACAGGAAUUCCCUUGCGUCUGCUAAAUAUAAGUUAGCUUUUUAGUCCUAUCCCAUAUGAAACAAGGGUAGGUAAAAUGAUCACUUCUUUGAGUUUUUUCCUGAACCUCACAGGGUGAUUUAUAAAACUAAUAUUGUAACAAAAUGACAAUCUAACAGUGUAUAGCUAAUGUAAACGGAAAAGUCUCCCUGUUUCCACUAUGCUUUGGCUUGUGUUGUAACACGGGAGUAAAGAUCGUUGUGUUCGUGUGUGGAAUGGUGAGCUCUCUGUUUUCCCCUGUGGAAGCUGUAAUAGGAGAUUUACAAAAUGAAUCUAAAAUUAACAAUACUUUUAGGAUGGUCUUAGAGGCCAGGACAUGUUCAUGUGUCUUUAAGAUUUUUUGCAUUUGGAAAGCUACGUGGUAUCACUUUAGGAAUGUAGACACGAGGAACAAUGAUUUCUAAUAAGAUGCUGUUGACUUAACCCUCAGUUUGGUUUUAUACAGGCUUAAAAAUCACUUCAAAAUGUAACAAAUUAUGUUACUCGAAAGCGUUUUGUUCCAUAUGCAGUUUUGAGAAUCUUGACUGCAAUUAUACAGAUUCUGUUUCUUUGUAAGACUUCCAAAUGGGUUUUAGAUGGAGGAAAAAAAUCAAAAAUACAAAUUUCUUUGUUGCAAGUAAGUGAGGAGAGGUAAUGGCUUACAGUGAAACAUGCAAGCUCAGUAAUAGAUGAUAGAGAUGUUUAUGAAUGUGUUUUUACUAAGUUAUGUCUUGUCACUGAAGUGGCAUUUUGCAAGGAAUUCAAAUGGCGCAUGGACCGUCGCAUUUGUAACCGUCGCUUUGCUAGAUAUGCGUCUUAAACCAUUCGAUGCCCCGUAUUUUAGGUUUAUGCUCUGAAAUACUUUUCCCGUGGUCUCUAGCUCUGUAGUGUUAGCUUGGUAGCUCAUUUCAGUUGAAUUAUCCGGACCUGCCUUUUAAUGUAUAAACCAAGUGAUUAAUGCAGCCUUAAUGCCUCCUGCAAAACCCCACCCCCAAACCCUUGGGCUUUACUCAUAUAUUACAGAGCUCUGUAUGCGAACACACCACAAUUUUGUGCUAAAGGGAACUAAAUUUUAUGGCACGGUGUGUAAUUCAGUGGUUCGGCCUCACACGUUCUCAUAGACACACACGUAUGGUAUUUUACUCUGGUGAAAUCCCA